AGAGUUAGAGUGUUUCUGUCAAGACUUGGUGAAAGCCUUUCGAUUGGGGGAAGGGAGGACGGACUCCGAGAUCACGAAAAACAGAUAUCGUAUUGGAGAGUGUUGACUUUUGGUCCGCUUAAUUGAACAAGUGUCAGCUUUGCUUAAACCUCCUUAAACCCUGAGCCAUGUCACCCCCAACAGUGCCUCCGAUGGGUGUAGAUGGCGUGUCCGCAUACCUGAUGAAAAAAAGGCACACCCACAGGAAGCAGAGACGCAAGCCCACUUUCCUCACGCGUAGGAACAUCGUCGGCUGUCGCAUUCAACACGGCUGGAAGGAAGGCAACGAGCCGGUGGAGCAGUGGAAGGGCACAGUUCUUGAGCAGGUUUCUGUGAAGCCCACCCUCUACAUCAUCAAAUAUGAUGGCAAAGAUAGUGUAUAUGGACUAGAACUGCACCGAGAUAAGAGAGUUUUAGCGCUAGAAAUCCUUCCUGAGAGAGUGCCAACUCCUCGAAUUGAUUCGAGUCUGGCGGAUUUCCUGAUUGGUAAAGCGGUGGGGCAUGUGUUUGAGGGUGAGCACGGUACGAAAGAUGAAUGGAAAGGCAUGGUCCUGGCUCGAGCUCCCGUGAUGGACACUUGGUUUUACAUCACCUACGAGAAAGAUCCUGUCCUUUAUAUGUACACGCUGCUGGAUGACUACAAAGAUGGUGACCUGCGAAUCAUUCCAGAUUCCAACUACUAUUUCCCUACAGCAGAACGGGAGCCUGGAGAAGUGGUCGACAGCCUCGUGGGCAAGCAAGUGGAACAUGCCAAAGAUGAUGGGUCCAAGAGAACCGGCAUUUUUAUCCAUCAAGUGGUGGCAAAGCCGUCCGUCUACUUCAUUAAGUUUGAUGAUGAUAUUCACAUUUAUGUCUACGGCUUGGUGAAAACGCCCUAA